AAUUAAUAUGCAUUAAUGAAAAGAUCCUUUUCCAGGUGCAAACCAAUUUUGCUGAACGUCAGUCUUCAUAACUACAUUUCCCAGAAUGCUCUUUGGCUGCCGCGCAGACUCCGUGAAGCCAGGCGGGGCACCCAGGUCAGCCUCGCCGCUCUCAUGGCUGUAGCUGGACUCCAGCGGCAGCUGCGGGCCGCGAUCCGCCUCUCCACGGCCCCCGGUCUCCUGUGGCCCGGCCCGGCGGCCCGACACUACGCCAAGAAGCCCGUGACAAAGAUGAAAGGGAAAGGCUUAGUUAAAGAAGCCCUUAAAGAUCCUGAAGUCUGCAAGGACCCGGUGAUGCUCACCACCCAUGCCGUGGGGGUCAAUAUUUACAAGGAAGGCCCAGAGGUGGCAUUGAAGCCGGACUCGGAAUAUCCGGAAUGGCUUUUCCACAUGUAUCUCGGGCCCCCGAAAAAGCUGGAAGAACUAGAUCCGGAGACCCUCGAAUAUUGGCGUAAACUCCGGAAACUGAAUACGUGGCAACGGUUCAAACUGAAAAAGGUCCGCGCGUUUUGAUGGAGGCUGCUGGGAGGCCGAACCGAACUGUUUUCCCGAAAAGCUAGGACUGCUUAGAAGGUGGGAGAGGUGGGCCGGGGCAUCCUUUUUAUUUUAAUGGCUCUCUCUGAUGUACAUGUUGACCAAUAAAACCUCGACUCUGCGGGGCACUUCCUAUGUCAUUUGCUUC